CUACUACACCUACCCCAACGCCAUACACCUAAUUCAUCAAUCAAAUUACCUCGAUCCUCACGCAUCCACCUGCAAAACCAACCCAUCCAACCACUAUGGCCGGUCUCUACCGGUCAUUCAGUUACACCCGCGGGGAUGAUGGGCUAGUCGGGUCCGAAGCGCGCGAAAUCGCUCCACCAAUGCGCUCCCCCAACGGAAGCCUAAAUCUAUCCCUCAACCACGCCGACGAUCAAAGCCACGCCCAGAAUCGAGUCUCCGGCAGCGGCAGCGGCAGCGGAGACAGGACGAGCCUCGCCUCCGUGCCUGAAGGUCAACGUCUGGAACGCAUGUACACCGCCACGCCAGGGAUGGACAAUUUGGGCCCGGCGGCGGUGGGAGGCGGAAUCAGUGGUAUCGCUCUCGGGAUUGCAAACACGCAUGAUCGUCAGAGUGGCGUUGACGCUUUUAGGGAUAUAGAUACUGCCACAGACGGUGCUCGGUUUUCCUACGGUGAACGCGACUUUCAUACCGCCGGUUCGGAUAACCCGUACGUGCCUGCCACUCCGCCGGAUGGGGGCAUGAGUAUGGGCAUGGGCAUGUACUCGACCUCGGAUACGGCGCGGUUUCGCGAUUCAUAUGGUUCGAAUGUCGGACUGGCGCAGAGUACACCCGGGACGACGCCGUCCCAACGCAGUUUCUUUGAUAGUCCGUAUCAGGGCGUCGAUGCCGGCCCGUACCAUAGGCAUUCGGCGUAUAGUUCGCAUGACUAUCCGUUGGUUAUCAACCCGGAUGAUAUUGCGGAUGAUGGCGAUGAUGGAUUUGCUGUUGUGCCGAAGGGGGUUGAAGAUCGCGGGCUGGACGGGGCGGGGCCGGCUGCGGCGGGGGGCGCGGCAACUGUGGGAAUGUUUGGUGGAUUGAGGGCGUUGUUCAAGGGAAAGGGAAAGAAGGAGCCGGAUUCAUAUUCCCCGUAUGGGCCUGUUGGUCUAGAGGCGGUGGAGAAAGGUCAACGAGGCAGCCAUAUCAUCGGUGGAGGGAGCCGGAAGCGCGGUUGGAUUGUCGGGCUUGUCCUUGCCGCGCUCAUCGUUGGUGCCAUUGUCGGAGGUGCUGUUGGGGGGACUGUAGGUCAUCAGCAGCAUGAUGGUGGUGAUUCGACGGCGUCGACAUCGGGUAGUUCUGGUUCGGACAGCAACGAUGGAUUGCUCGAUAAGAACUCCGCGGAGAUCAAGGCGCUGAUGAACAAUAAAGACCUCCAUAAAGUGUUUCCCGGCAUCGACUAUACUCCCUGGGGUGUGCAGUACCCGCUCUGCCUCAAAUACCCCCCUUCGCAGAAUAACGUGACGCGCGACCUCGCCGUUCUGACUCAAUUGACCAACAACAUUCGACUCUACGGCACGGACUGCAAUCAAACAGAGAUGGUCCUCGACGCCAUCGAACGCCUGGAGCUGACGGACAUGAAGGUCUGGCUUGGCGUGUGGAUCGACAGCAACCAGACCACGACGGACCGACAGAUUGACCAGUUGUAUAAGAUCGUGGACAAUGCCAACAGUACUUCGGUUUUCAAAGGCGCGAUUGUCGGCAACGAAGCCCUGUACCGUGCCGGCUCCGACGUCGCGAGCGCAGAGAAGAAUCUGAUCGGGUUUAUGAAUGACGUGAAGGAUCAUUUCAAGAAUCACAGCAUCGACAUUCCCGUGGGCACUUCGGACCUGGGUGACAACUGGAACCAGGAACUGGUCAGCGCAGCCGACUUUGUGAUGUCGAACAUCCAUCCGUUCUUCGGAGGUGUGGAGAUCGACAAUGCUGCCAGCUGGACGUGGACUUUCUGGCAGUCGCACGAUGCCUUGCUCACUGCCGGGACGAACAAGCAGCAGAUCAUCUCCGAGGUGGGAUGGCCGAGUGGAGGAGGGAACGACUGCGGAGCGAACAACAAGUGCCAGAAUGACCAGCAGGGCGCCGUGGCCGGUAUUGACCAAGUGAACAAGUUCCUCUCCGACUGGGUCUGUCAAGCGUUGGAGAAUGGGACGGAGUAUUUCUGGUUCGAGGCCUUCGACGAGCCGUGGAAGAUCCAAUACGACACGGACGGCCAGGACUGGGAAGAUAAAUGGGGCUUGAUGGAUUCCGCGCGCAAGCUGAAGCCCGGUCUCACGAUCCCCGACUGCGGCGGCAAGACCGCUACUUGAUCUCCCUCCUUCCUUCGUACGACCCCGACUGAUGACAACUGUGAUGAUGGUUUUCAAUGUA